AUCGGCGGCGCUCAUCCCACUCCGGGACAUUCAUCAGGCGACGCCGGUAGUGGAGGUACCUGGAUUUUCGUGCGCGGCUCGUUCACAUCGUAUCGCGGUAUUACAUCAACAGCAACAACAUUUAAAAUAUAUAGUAAGAUAUUGUCGUACAUAACCGACCAACCGCUGUCGGACUUCCGUAUUUUGACUCCGGGCUACAAUAUAAUAUAUUAUUAUAUCGUCUACGCAACGUACAAUAAUACUAAUAGUAUUAAAUCGACCGAGAUCAUGUCUUCAGAAAUCUGCAUGUUUUACUUACGAGGCGCUUGCCGGUUCGGCAACAAGUGUUGGAACUCGCACGACUUGUCACCUUACCGAUCGUCUAAUAGUCAAGCGCUCGCAACAGCUGCAACGGCAGUUUAUUACGAAGAAAGUUAUCCACAAACUUUUCCAAGCACUAGUGCUAGUGGCAUAUCUACGCCGAAAGUACAAGCUCAAGGACUUCAGCUUCUCAUUGAAGCUUCAAUGAAACCAAAAUUAAUAAAGCCUGACGAGUCUGAAAUAGAAAUGGAAGAGGUGGCAAACGAACUUUCUGUGGCAAUGAAAACAGGAAAUGGCAAAAACGUAAAAGAGAGUGCAAGUAAAUUACAUGCACUUCAUCAACGAAAAUUAAAAGAACGUAGCCAUCCUGAGUGGAGUGAAGUUAUACAGAGUGCUAUUGACAGUGAUUUACAAUGUAAUAUCUGUUUUGAAAUCUUUAUUAGGCCCACAGUGCUUAACUGUUCACACACUUUUUGUGAAUCAUGUAUACAUGUUUGGAUAAAGCGAGUUAGAAAAUGUCCAAUUUGUCGUGUAUGUAUUAGGUCAAAAUCGUUUUGUUUGACUUUGGACAAAUUCAUAGAGAAGAUUGUUGAACAUUUUCCGACGGAAUUUAAAAACAAACGCGAGAUAGCAAUAAAAGACCGUAGCAAGAUAAAACUCGAUAAACCUCCAACGAACAGUAUAUUAAAUGGUAGAGAUAUUACCGCAUUUUUAAAUUUGGAAAAUCUAAUCGAGGCUGACACUAGUGAUGACACUCCUCUACAAUACAUGAUGGACACACAUGAUGAUAUCAGUGCAGAUGCUAUUGUCGAGGAAUCGGAAAUGUUCAGAAUGAAUUUACAUGAUACAGUUGUAAGCACCAGAGGUAUAAACCCUCUAAUGAGUUAUAUUGUUUCCGAUGAACAAUCUUCAAAUGAACCCAUAACUCUACCCAAUAACUCUUCUGUUGAUCACUAAAUUUAGCCACAUCGUAAUUGUUUUAUUAUUCAUUGAACAUUAUUUUCUAUCAAUUUAUCGCGUUAAUUUUUAAUUUAAUUAUUAUUUU